AUGUCUGCAGGGGAGCCCUCAUACAUCGAUUAUGAGGCUACGAACAAUGCCACCGAUACUCCCCUGGAUCUUUCGACUCCACUCUCCCGAGUACUGUUUGAUCUCCAAGAAAUCGACACCCACAUUCACGGGUUGACUACAAAGUCCGCAUUGCCUCUUCUAUCACACACCCGAAACCAAACUGCAGCCGCCGAGCACAUCUUGAAAGAAACAGGGACGCAGAUCGCAUCAGUAACUUCAGGUUAUGAACGGCUGGAGAAGGAGGUAUUGCAAAAAUGGCAAGCUGCGGAAGAAGCUCGGAUCGCAGCAGAGAACUCAUUAGCGACAGUCCGGCUCGCUCGAGCUGUCGCGCGGUGUUUAACACUCGGUCGACAAUUGGAGAGUCAAGUAGCCGAGUUAACCGGGCGCGGUUCUACGCAGGCUCCAGGACCAGGGACUGAAACAAACUCGCCGGCUGGAAAGGAAGGGUUUCGAGCACUGGAGCGGGCCGCCGUUACCAUCUUACAUCUGCGACAAAUGUUUUCAGCAACAUUAGAGGAAGAGGAAGGAUUUGGGUUGAUGCGAGUAAAGGCUACUCGUACCUUACGAAAUGAGCUUGUGAUCCCAGCAGAGAACAUGGUGAAGUCAAGGGCACAGCAAAGCAUCAAUCGCUUCUCGUUGACAAGUACCGGUACCACCAAUGGCCAGUCAUCCAUGCCAUCGAGCUACAAACAGGCUCGCGAUGCACGAUCCCGCCUUUCCACAGCUGCAACUACCUUAUAUCUCCUCUCACCCAUACCCAAGGAUGUUGUCACCACAUCAAACUACAAACCUGAACUCCUUAUUUCCACUUUGCAAGGGUAUAUGCAGACCUCCAUCAUUACAGCUGCAAACGCCCUCGCAAAGGGCCUCUCCCAACUCCCCACCAUGGACCGUGCCCUCGCCGAGAUCUCUGCCCGAUGCCAGGAUAUCGUUGCAUUGGAAUCAAUCUUGCGAAGCAUUCGAAUCCCCUCUCACCCACUUCUCUCAUCUACUCCCAGCGAUGAACAACCCACCCCAGACUCCGAAAAUGCAGAACCAGGCAAGGCCAACCUCCUUCAGCCCCUCCUUCAGGCCCUGGAUACCACAUCCCUGCCCUCGUAUUACUGGCGAUCACUCGCAUCCUCCCUCACGUCCCGCGUGCAGGAAAUUUUGAACCGCGGGGGUGUCUCUGCCCGUGCCCUGAGAUCCAACCGCGAUCGACUCAAGGCUGAAAUCAAAGACUGUGUGAUACGUUCCUCCCAGGUUUCUGCUACAGGUAAUCUGGCUGAGAAGGGUCGAACUGGGACAGAUACAGUGGUAUUGGGUAAUUGGGAACGAGAAGCAGCAGUGAUGGUUAGCUCAGUGGUAGGACCACUGAGUCGAUAA